UAGGACCCGCCUCCUCCUCAGUCCUCAGAACAAGAUGGCGGCAGCGACGGUGACGCGGCUCCUCGGACAGCAGAUGUGUUCUACGAACCACCUGGUCCCGGACUGGAUCAGCCAGGAAGUCAGCACCGGGACCACCAUCAUGGCGGUGGAGUAUAGUGGAGGAGUGGUGAUCGGAGCCGACUCUCGGACCACAACCGGGGCUUACAUCGCCAACAGAGUAACGGACAAACUGACUCCGAUCCACGACCGGAUCUUCUGCUGCAGGUCCGGAUCAGCUGCUGACACUCAGGCCAUCGCUGAUGUGGUCACCUACCAGCUGGGCUUCCACAGCAUCGAGCUGGACGAGCCCCCAUUGGUGGAGACGGCUGCCAAUCUGUUCAGAGCGAGCUGCUACAGAUACAGAGAGGAGCUGACGGCCGGGAUCCUGGUGGCAGGCUGGGACCGCAGGAAGGGGGGGCAGGUGUACUGCGUUCCCAUUGGUGGGAUGCUGGUGAGGCAGCCGGUGUCGGUGGGCGGCAGCGGCAGCUCCUACAUCUACGGCUUCAUGGACUCCAACUACAAACCCGACAUGACCAAGGACCAGUGUCUGGAGCUCACCGCCGCAGCUCUGUCUCUGGCGAUGGAGAGAGACGGGUCCAGCGGCGGCGUGGUGAGACUGGCGAGCAUCUCAGAGGACGGAGUGGAGAGACGGGUGAUCCUGGGGAACCAGCUGCCCAAGUUCUCCACACACUGAACACACACACACACACACACACACACACACUGAACACACACACACACACACACACACAACACACACA